CAAGCAUGCCAUGCAUCACUUCAAAACUUGCUCCUUCACAAGUAUAAUUAAUAAGGUCAGAUUCUGCAAAUUGUAAGUUCUCUCUUGCAGUUCAGAGCAGAGUCUCAGUCUCUCUGAGAAGAAAGUGAGUAUCUUCCUGGAGAAGGAGAACAUUCAAAAUCUGGUGUCUUUAUUUUUUAUUUUUUGUAUUUUUCAUUUAUGUGAUUUUCGUUAUUUUUCUUUAAACUGAUAUUUACUUUUGGUAUUUAAAAAAAUAAACAUUUACCACUACAGUUAUUACUAUUGCUGUAGUACAUAUCGGAACGAACUACGACUUAAAAAAAAUUUUAAACUUGUAUUUAUUUGGUUGUGUGCGGCGAGUGGCGAUCUUUCUAGUAUCUCCUUGCACCAACUCUGUUUCUUUCUGGGAAGAGUAAUAAUUACAAAACAGAGUAAUGGCGCUAUGGAUGGAGGCAGGAUCAGAACCCAAAACCGAAAGCGAGAUAGCUGACCUUGAAGCUAUUACUGCCCUCAAAGAGUCGGCUGCCCUUGAACUCAAGGAGAGAGGCAAUGAGUAUGUUAAGCAGGGUAAAAAGCAUUACUCUGAUGCUAUCGAUUGCUACACGAGGGCGAUAAAUCAGAAUGUUUUAAGUAGCUCUGAGAACUCGAUUUUAUAUGCAAAUAGAGCCCAUGUCAAUUUACUACUAGGAAAUUAUAGACGCGCUCUCAUGGAUGCUGAGGAGGCAAUCAAAUUGUGCCCAAAUAAUGUUAAGGCAUAUUAUCGGGGAGCUAAAGCGUCAUUGGUGUUGAAUUUGUUGAAUGAAGCAAAAUCAUUUUGUGAAAAGGGACUUGAGCAGGACCCAGAUAACAAGGAACUAAAGAAACUUGCUGGGGAGAUUGAUUCACGGAAGCAAGAGGAAGACGAGCGCCAGGCUCUAGUUUCUAAGGCAGUGUCAGAGGCUAAGGACCUUGCUUCUGCAAUCCAGAAUAGAGGCUUGAAGAUUGGGAAGGCGAUGUUUCAAGAACUUACUGGAUUAAGGAAACCGGUUUUAGAUAAUAAUAAUAUUCUUCACUGGCCAGUUCUUCUUCUGUAUGCAGAGGUUAUGUCCAGUGACUUUAUUGAGGACUUCUGUGAGACCGACAUUUUUGCAGUUCAUCUUGACAUGAUGUUUUCAGAAGGUUGUCCACCACUGCCAUGGGAUAAAGAAAAUAACUAUAUGCGUGAAGCAGUUGAACUGUACUAUGAGGCUGGUUCUGGAGUUUCUCUGUCAAAGACAAAACUUCUCCGUUAUCUGCUAGAGGGGACUGCCAGUGCUAAUGCUGAAAGCAUCAGUGAUGAAGAGAAGGAUGCAAUUGAUGACUACUCUGCAGGUAGGGGCUCUAAAUGGGUCAAGGUAAAUGAGAAAAGGAAGCUCUAUGAUGUUCUGAAAGAAGCUAACUUCAUCAUCCCUGGGAUCCCAGUCUUUUAUGUUGUUUCAAAGACCUCCAGUUUCUACAAAGAUUUCAGAUCAGGCAAAUGGACUCCACCUCCAUGAGUGGGUAGCAUAAUCAAAACAACUAGUAGCACAGUUUCUUAUCUGAAGAUAUAUAUUGCUGUUAAUGAAAGUGAAGGCAUUGUUGAUAAUCAGUAGAAGAAAAAAAUCUUCAUAGACCUUUGGGUGAUAAUGUUCAUAGAUCCACAAUGUUUACCUGUACACCAAAUCAGAGCACUGAAGGCGUUUUCUUAUUUGGCCAUUGUUGUAGGAUUUUUCACUUCUUCGACUUCGAGGAUUUGAUGUAUUAGACUAUUAGUUAGCACAAUUUCCCUAAUGGUUCUACGCGAGAGUUGAAAUUAAA